AUGGCAGGACUCGCCCCCGACUUCCAGCUUCCGAACAGCUCUUUCUUCAACAUCUACGCCGAUGGCCAAGUAUCCUUGGGACCGCCCAAUAUUCCUGGCGGACCUUGCAACUUUGUGGACUUGACCCAUGGCGCCAAUGGACCAAAAUGCGGAUGCCGUCGUUUCUGGAGUCGCGGCGCAUUGGGGAAUACAGAUAGAGGAAGCCCGAUCGGAUUACCACCUGGAUUUGCCAAUGGAUUUCCUUAUGGCAAUGCUUCCGGUCUGGAGGAUCAGACACAUUGGUGCAUGUGUUCCCAUCAUGCUUGUUUUCAUGAUGAAGUUCGCGAUGGCCAAACUCCAAUUCCAACCCCGGGCGCAGCCAUCGCGACUACUAAUACCAACGGCCAGGAGAAUGAGCGACCGAGGGCCAACCGCGAGCCUCUCACACCCGUGAUGCCGGAUUUGUCUUUCAAGAUGCCACCCACGAUGGAGCAGCCCUUGGACUUUCAUACGUUUGAUAAUCCUGCGGCUUACCAUUAUAUACCGGAGGAAGCCAAUGUACAACCAGGAGUGGUCGCUGCGCCCGCGCGGGAACCAUCAAUACCCGAUACCUUGAGCUGGACUAAUCUCAUCCAAUCUGAGCCGGAUCAAACAGCUAUGCUGCCUCCCAUUCCAAGUCAGUGUGCAAUGCCAUCACAACCAAGCUCGACAACUUCAUCCACCCGGGUGGGAUAUCUGCGGCCAUUCUCAGGAAAGGGACUUCAGACACUAAGUGGUGUCAAGUCCAAGUCGUGUGAGCCAGUCCUGGAGAAGGAUGAGACCGCUCUACUAGGAGACGAGGACGUCCUGGAUCCCGAUCCUGAUGAUGACGGCCAGACUGUCACCAACACCCCAAGAUCUUCUAGGCAUUCAGACGUGUUUGAAAGACAGAGCCAACCGCCAACAUCUGGGGUGAGCCGAGAUUCUUUCCAACUGUUGUCUGACACUGUCCAAGGGCAUGAGCAGCGAUUAGAUGGUCUCGAGAAUGUGUCCUUCUCGGCCGCGGGUCAUGACAGUUGCUAUGACAAGCACGACCACACUGAUCUCAGAGUGACUGAGCUCGAGUCGCGCGUAGAAGAGGUGGAGAAGUUGCUGAACGACAGCAGCAACACCACCUCAGGCUAUCAUCGCUCUCGUCGUCCAGGUGCCGAUGAUUCUACGAGCAGUGUCGUGUCAGUCUCAACUAGUACAAGCAGCCACAUGGAUCGCGCCGAAUUGUACAGUCAACUCCAAGCGCUCAGGGCCCAGCUCAGUCAGCUUCAGGGCCUUUCAUCCUUUCCAACACCUGCACGCCCGUGGGAGGUUGAGGUCAUAUUUCUUCCGUUCCCUCUGAAGAACAUCUGGCUGGAGUCCCGUGACUUUGGCAGCCAGCGCCUCUCCGGUGGUGGCAAUAUGGAGGCUGAUCAAUGGACGCAGCUGCCCUGCAGUUCAUCCGCCAUGGACCCUCAAUCUCCCGGCUUCAAUGACUGGGCGGGCCCAGAAGUCGAGUCCGACUGGCUACUCGCUCGAGCCUGUGCUCCCGACCAGACGAUAGGGAAGCGGCUUAGGAGUCGUGGCCUGGUGAAGAACGUCACUGUCCGCGGACCAGACGCUCGAAGCGUUCAUCAAGCCAUGUCUGAAGCCUUCGGAACCUUGUUCCGCACAUUCUCACGCAUGCAAGCCAAUGUCCACCACGGCUCGACUAUGCAUCAGCGAGUCAUACAGUAUCAUGGUCUGCAAUCACCGUGGGUACCACUGCGCAAGAUUCACAAGGAUUCGAAGCUUCGUUUCCUCUCUCCUGCCGAGAUGGUCACGCCGGUCUCAUGGGAUGUCCAAUUUCUGAGCUCGAGCGUAGUGAUGAAAUCAAACGAUAUUCAGCGUCUCUUCAUCACCCAUCCUGAAGCCUAUCUCCAAGACCAGAAUGCCUACGACAACGGAUGGAACUGGCAGCGUCUCCGCGAACUCAGCCGGGUAUACGCUGAUUCGCAAAGCAGCCAGGAAGUUCUCGAAGGAGAUGCCAAAGAGGACUGCUGGACGUGGACUAACCACCUCGACGACCACCCAGCAAGUACCAGCACGUCACAACGUCCCAGUAUACAGCAAGCGGCGCAGCGCACCUGGCGGCCCAUGUCUAAUUCGCCAUCGCAGGCGCUUCUCACUGGCGUCAUGAGUGCCUCGCCCUCCAUCGCAACCCACCGCUCCGGACCCCGUGCACAAUCCCCCGCAAUUCUUAGGGAGGGUAGGGCCUCCCGCCCGCCUCAAGUACGUACGUCUUCAAUGCCGCCGACUCUGCCAGACCUCAUGUCACCUGCAACGAACGCUAAGCGUCGCAUGACGUCGUACAACCAUCCGUACGAGCGGCGCGCCUCACCCCAAAUUUCACGCGUUGCGACGUCUUCCCCUACCGCCCACAUCAACAUCUUGACGCUGACGGCGCACAAGCGCCGCGCAACGCGGUCGCCCUCCGUCCGUCCGCUACAACCAUGCAACAGACACACACCGCGCUGGAGCACCGCCUCGCCGAGCCCCAUGCCCGAGGUGCUCGGACCUCGUGGCACGACGCCGUUCUAUGCGACGCCAUACAGCAAUGCGCCAUUCGUGGAUACGCGGCCGAACCGGGGUGAUCGCGUUAUGAUCGUCGAGGAGGAUGGUGUCGUCGAGGAGGAUGGUGUCGUCGAAGUUCAUGGCUAUCCUUAUCUUGAUAACGAGGCAACAGACCCAUACGAUGAUGAAGAGGAUGAUGGGGAUGAGGAGCGAUACGAAGAUGAUAGUCCCAUGGCCGACCUCUCUGGGGAUCUGCACCACCACUACGACUCCGCACAGUUCCAAUCCCAAUCUCCAGAUAUAGAAGGGUCCUGGCAGGACGGCCAGCUGCGCGGCGGGCCCGAGGACGAGCCGUGGCCCGGCAUCGAGGAUGCCGAGAAUCGCGACCCCGGGGGCCUUAGUCUCGAUGCAGAUCUGGACCUGGGACAUGACAGUAUCGACAUCCACGUCGACGAUGACGCAAUGAGCGACGGCUUCGACUCCGAGAACGCGAACGGGGAUGACAACGGUGACGAGACCGAAAACGCGAGUCAGAGGUCCAGCGCCCCCAGCGAGUAUCCCAGCACGCAGCGCGCGUGGACAUCUGGCCCAGGGGAUGACGGGUUCAGGGUGUUUGAGGAUGCGGCAGGCGGCGCUGCUGGGAAUGGGAGUGGUAUUGGGCGGAAGUGA